AAAAAAUCAGAAGUUUCAGACAUGAAGUAUAGAAAGCUUUUCAAAAAUACGUUAAUUCUGUUAAAUGGCAACAGAAACAGUGUUGGACUCUGUUGUUACUGGGUCUACAAAAAAAUUUCGACCAGGAGGCAAAAUAGUUUUUGAGCUAUUUAAUGAUGUGGCGCCAAAUACUGUUGCUAAUUUCGUAGGGUUGUGUACGGGACAAUAUGGAAAAUCAAAACGUUCAGGAUUACCUCUUAGUUAUAAAGGCUGUCAUUUUUUUAAAAUUGUGCCAGGCUCCAUUGUUCAAAGUGGAGAUUUUGAGUUUAAUAAUGGAGAAGGAGGCGAAAGUAUUUUUGGUGGAAGGUUUCAUAAUGAAUCCAUGUUACGAAGACAUUGUCAGGCAGGUGUUCUUUCAAUGGUUAGCGAUGACAAAAAAAGUGUUGGAUCACAAUUUAUUAUAACGCUUCAUCGCGCCUCUCAAUAUGAUGGAAAACAAGUCGUUUUUGGUCAAUUAAUUGAAGGAAUGGAUGUUUUAAGAGCUAUUGAAAAAUGCCCUAUAACAUCCACACAUUGUCCAAAAGUUCCUAUUAUUAUUACAGAUUGUGGUAUAGAAAAAAAAAAACCGGGAAAGCGACGAAACGAUCCAAAAAACGAAAUGCGUGAAGCGGUUGAGCUUUUAAUGUCUACUGUGACCACAUGUCCUUCCACUUCUAAGAUUCAACCUUUAUCGGAGGCUCAACGUGGAUUAAGAAAACUUCAGCAAGUAUUGGAGAAUUCCAAAGAACAAAAGGAACCGGUUUCAGUUUUACGCGAAAUUCAAAUAAAUGAUUUCACAAAGAAAAACUCUGCAAUCUCACACUCAACAUUCGAUAAGAAAGAACCAACAAAUCUUUUUAUUUCACCCGCAUCUUCUUUAACAUCUGAGGAACCUCCACGAUGUGAGUCGGCACUAGAAAAGAAGUUAUACCUCUUGCGUCAAAAAAUGAAUCAAGAAAAACAUUUGAUUGCUAAAGAAGUCGCAGCGGAAUGCACAGGUCUAAAUGAGUUCCACGCGUCUAAUACCCGAGAAGAAGAAAAACGUAUUAUAAAAGAAAUUAAACGUUCAACAAAGUUAGCUCUUCCCCCAAAAAAAGAUGGAACUGACUGUGAAGUUUCCUCUGACGAAAGUUCUUUACACUUUGUACCUAAAGAAAAGCGUCAAAAAAAGAAAGGGGAAUGGUCUAACAAGGAAACAGCGGAAAUGAUACAAUGGAGGGAUAAACUUUUAAAAAAAAAAAAAGCAAACGCCCAAAGCGCCUUUGGUUGGGCUAUUAUGAAUUCGGACGCGUCUUAUGAAGCGCAUAAAAAAAAAAUAGCUCAUUUACACGUGCAACCAGAAGAAUAUAGCCAACAAAUGUUACAAUUAGGCGAAACCUUUUAUGAUCCAACCUCUGCAUUAGUUUCAAGUCAAUUUACACCUACAGAAGAAGCUAAAAAUCGUCUUGUUAAAGCAAUUGAAAAAGAUAAAGCAAAAAAGAAAUCAUUUAGUAGACGACGUAAAUAUGUUGAAGCAGAAACAGUAGCGUAUGUGAAUGAUUUUAACAGAUCAUUUAAUCAAAAAUUAGAACGAGCAUACGGAGCGCACUCUUUAGAAAUAAGACAAAACUUGGAAAGAGGAACUGCUCUUUAAUACAUAAAGACUUAUAG